AUGACUGAACACGACGAUGAUCUCGUUGCCUCGAAGACCGAGGGCUUCAAGGUAGGCGAAAAGAAGACAAUUGAAGAAUACACGAAACUCGACCAGAAUGACGAGUCCCUGAACCGCUGGAAAGCCUCCCUCGGCCUCAACACCGGCAACCCGAUCGGAAAUCCCAACGACCCUAGAAAAUGCAUCAUCAGGUCCCUGGCCUUGGAGGUCGAGGGCCGUCCCGACGUGGUGAUUGAGCUGUCCGCACCCGGCGCCCUCGAGGCGCUCAAGGACAAGCCAUUUACGAUCAAGGAGGGAGCGACCUUCCGCAUCAAGUGCAAGUUCGAGGUGCACCACGAGGUCCUGAGCGGUCUCAAGUAUCUGCAGGUGGUGAAGCGCAAGGGAAUCAGAGUCAGCAAGGACGAGGAGAUGCUGGGAAGCUAUGCCCCGAGCACCACGGACAAGCCAAUUUACGAGAAGAAGUUCAACCCCGAAGAAGCUCCCUCGGGAAUGCUCGCCAGAGGACACUACAACGCUGUCUCCAAGUUCGUCGAUGACGACAACCAGACCCAUCUCCAGUUCGAAUGGUCGUUCGACAUUGCAAAGGAUUGGUAG